CGCAACCCGGAAGUUCUGUCUCAUGUUUACUUUCCUAGCCAGUUAGCAUUAGCCAGAUCACUGGUCAGCUGUAUGAGAAAAUCCAGUUUUUGUUGAAAUACAACCGUAUUUAAGGAAAAGAUAUUUGGGCUCUGGUCAUUUCAUCCGGUCUAAUGCUUUCCACUGCGUUCUUCAUCUCCCGUGUUAAAAGACACGGCAUCUAGCAUUAAUAGCCUCGGAAAAGCCUUGUAAUAUUUUGUUUAUGACACAUCGAGAGAAACCCCAACCACGGAUAUAUUGCAUAGCCUGCUACAUAUGGAGCCAAGUGGCACUAGUACCAUAGAGCAGAUAGAAUCUCGAUCUGUUCGGCUUGCCUCGCCUACUUUGAUGAUUCCAGCGCGGAGCUCCAUGUGCAGUCCCGGGGUGUCGGCCCGACCAGUGUUCGGAUUCCCCAUAAAGAGCAACCAAAGUUCCCCGUCCGAACAGUCGGGGAAGCCAGGCUCUCGAUGGAUACGGCUCAAUGUCGGUGGGACCUAUUUCGUAACCACCAAACAGACUCUGUGUAGAGAUCCAAAGUCUUUCCUAUAUCGCUUGUGCCAGGACGAUCCAGAUCUUGACUCGGAUAAGGAUGAGACAGGGGCCUACCUGAUUGACAGAGACCCCACCUACUUUGGUCCUGUAUUGAACUACCUACGCCAUGGAAAGCUGAUUAUGAACAAGGACCUGGCAGAAGAAGGAGUUCUGGAGGAGGCAGAGUUCUACAACAUCGCUACUCUUGUUCGGAUGGUCAAGGAGAGAAUUCGGGACAACGAGAACAGGACAUCACAGGGCCCAGUAAAACAUGUGUACAGGGUGCUCCAGUGUCAGGAGGAGGAGCUCACUCAGAUGGUCUCCACCAUGUCCGAUGGCUGGAAGUUUGAGCAGCUCAUCAGCAUUGGCUCGUCCUAUAACUAUGGCAACGAGGACCAGGCAGAAUUCCUGUGCGUUGUGUCCCGGGAGCUGAACAACUCCACCAAUGGGCUCGUCAUCGAACCCAGUGAGAAAGCCAAGCAGAUCCUCCAGGAGCGAGGGUCACGGAUGUGAGACCAGGCACAUGGACCAGGACCCCCAGAAACGGUCACCCGUUGCACCACUCCGAGCAGAUGCCCUGGUCCACUUGAAGCACUGCUCCCAUCCCUCUUGGACACGUACAGUAUAAAGCACCCGCACCCACAAAAUGGUGGGGUGCCAUUGCCAUGUGCACAUUUACAGUGUUAACCACACUCACAGGAGAGUGCAAUGGGGGAUGUGGGUGGUGGCAACCAAACGCCGUCUCAUUUGUGAUGUUGAAAUGUUUGAAUACCAUUAACAUUAUAACCGAGCACUAAGUCUUACACUGAUACUGCUACUACUAAUAAUAGUAAGGACUCCAGAGAUGUUGGCUGGAUCAGACAUGUCGCUACGUCAGCCGGAACAAGCUUUGAAGCGGACGUCCUGUGGGCUGUUUAUCCACCGAAAAACGGUUUGCCUUGCGUCCCGCGUCACCUGGAGCCGAGCCACCUGCAUCAUCUUGUUCGUCAGCAGCAGUCUGUGCAUAAGAGUCACCCAGCCUCCGCUCAGAGCUGUGUCUCUGGUGGUGGUGGGGUGCGGGUUGGGGGCAAAUGUGGCAUGAAAUGUGUUUGAGAAUGACUCCGUGUGCACAUGUGUGUUUGUGUCUAUACAUAGUGUCUUCAGCAGUCAGGAGUGGAGUCUCAUGAGCAUCAGAAACUUUCCGGCACUCUCCGGCAUGCAUGGUAUGGAGAUUCUGGGCCGAUGUCAGGACUUCCCUGGCUGUGUUGGUCCAUGCUGAUACCGGCCUGUUUUACAUUAUAGCGCAAAUGCAAACUGCAACCAAGUUUCUGUAUUCUCCGACGAAGUAGAUGAGCACAACACCAAACAACUUGCGAACGAGAACGUUUUAUUUGUAUAGCAGAAUAUUUGAACUUACUUUAUUAUUAAGCAGAGGCCAUGAGUCUACCUAACCGCAUAACCAAACUCAGUUUUAGAGAACAAAGGUAAAGAAAAGCAGCAUAUAUUCUUGGAAAAACCUAGUGUUUUUGUUUAUGUCUGACUGGUGAAUUACAGGUUUUUUAAAAAUGUUUUUGCUCACAUUUAAAAAGGUCACAGCAUCUGCGAUGUGUCAAGUGUGUUGCCUCUCUAGCGAAUGUAUGUUACUUCCUUAUCGACCUGUGGUUUCAGCUAUAAUCCUAAAAUCAUUUCCGGCUAUUAUCGACCAAUAGCGAUGCGGUUGUUAUCGAACCUCCACUUUGAACCAGUAGCAGCACUGUGCUGCAGUUACAGUCGUCACGUAGGUCUGUGCAAGUCAGUGAUUUACAACAUUCAUGACUCUGGUCUCACAUUCCAUGUCUCAAGUUUUCCGUGAGACUGCAGCUGCCCCAUACUCUAGUGGCCUGUCUUGCAUGCUGCAUCCUGUGGUGUGUAUUACAUUGAAAAAUUAUGACCACAGAUAUUGCAUUUACUCUUUAUAUCUAUCUAUUAUAAGUCCCAUGUUGCCAGGGAACAGGGCAAGUGCUAUGUAAACUACUGUGGAUCUCAGUGGCCAUUUGUACAAGGCAUUUCUUGAUUGGCCGAUUUGGAGAAACCAGGACCAAAGAGUCAGUUUGUGAGUAAAUUCAAUGGGACUGCAUGAAAAAAAACAUUAAUAGCUGAUCGUUGCUGUACAUUAAUACAGUCCAGAGAAAUUGCCAUUCGAAACCUAAAAGCUACCUUUUUGAAGUUGGAUCUUGGAAUAUCGAAACAUCUGAGGAGCAGUUAGGCUGCCUGCCUGAGAGUUUUAGUGCGGGGUUCAGAGCAAUGCACGGAGCUGUCAGGUUUGUCACCGUACUCGAGUGCUGUGUGGUUAUUUUGGGCUCUGCAACUUUGACCUUUUUCCUGCCCUGCAGCUUUUUGUCUGACCUUUUGCAUCUCCAUAGCGACUUGUCACUGUUCCCACCCUCUCCCCCUCGCUGUGGAGCCAGCCCUCACUCUUCCAGCUCUGCCACUUUACCUCAAGUAAACCCUGUCACUGAACCUGGUCAUAGCUGGGUCUCACCUGUGAACCUGGUCAUACCCAUGCCUCGUAUCUGGACCUGGUCAUAUUUGUGUGAAACCUGGUCUUGCCUGUAUGCAUCUUACUUUUGAGCCUUAUCAUUCCCGUGCUGGAUUCGAAAAAGAGAUAUAGGUGAGACCAGGUUCACCGGUGAACCUCACCUAGGGGCAAAAUAACAAUGAUAUAAUUAUAGAAAUAUCGGCCACAAUAUGGAUUUGGUUAUAGUGUCUGUAUCGGUAGAGAAUGGAUUUUGAUGGCUACACAGCGUCAGUGGAAAAAUGUUGGUCCGGAAACUUUCUGAGGGGGAAAGCAAUUAUGCUGAGCUCUAGGUCCUCUCAGCUUAACUCAAGGGAACCGUUAGCCCUGAGCCUUGUACUCUUAUUAAGGCAUCUUCUAUUGAAAUUAGGUGUGGGGAAAAAAAGCAUAUAUUGUGAUUUAUAUCUUUACUGAUAAUGUGUGGUGAUUAUAAAUUUUAGGCCAUAUCACCCAGCCCUAACCUGACCCUCAUACCCAUGUCUCUUCUUUGAACCUGGUCAUACCCUAGCCUCAUUUCUGGACCUGGUCAUAUCUGUGUGACCACUGUGAGCCCCAGCAUGCUGGAGUAAUGCUUAAACCCAGUCAUUCCUCUGUGUUUAAGGUGUGACUUAUCACCCAAGAUUUCAUAACUACAGUUGGAACAUUGCUCCCUAUGUUGGUCGUCCUUAAUGUCAUGUUUCUAUCGAGGGGAUGCUUAUUGUAUUUACAUUUUCCCACUUUUUUCUCCUUGUGGAAAAGCAUGAUGUGCAGUUCUCAUUUUAUGUUCAUUUAGUUUUUAUGUUUAUUGUCUUACUGAGGAAACUGGUGUUUGCAUCUUAUGAUUGCCUUUUUCCUGUAUAAGGUGGUGCUCCUUACAUUUGCCCAAGUGACUUCGCAUUAUGUUUCACCCAUGGAAGGUGAGAUGCGCUGAAGCCCACAUUUUGUCCUAGUUGUGUUUAUUCGCACAGGAGGUGCUUAAGAUUGUAGUCCCUAUAAUCAGUGGGCAGUCCUGUGCUGCCUUCAUUAGUUGGCUGUGGCUGAAGGGAGUUGUAGUCUGGGUAUUGGCUCAUUUCGCUCACGUCCAGUGCUGGACCUCGGCAUCCAUCAGCAAAGUUAAAAAAAAAUAAUAAUGUUUUGAUGCUGCCCAGGUUACAGUUGACCUGGAAGCAUUUUGACUGGCCAAGUUUAUGUGACACUGACCAUGAGCCAAUGGACAACAAUCCCUCUUGUUCUGCUAUCACUUUGGAAGAGCGAUUAGCUCCUGCAUGCUUAGCCUGCAGACCUAUACAUGGGAUUCAUGUUCAUUCACACGCACCCAAAUGCUUGCUAAAAACUCUUAACCUGUCUGGAAUGGAAUUGUUUGGAGUGUUAUAUAUAUUUAAUCAUGUUUUUUGUUCGGGGGGCUUGUGUUAUGUUCUAAAGUCAGUGUUUUGUGGCCACUGGAGUCAUUCAGUGAUCUUUAAAUCACCUGGUUGGCUCUUCCUAUUCACUGAGUGCUAUCACAUCAGCCUAUCCAUGUACUAUACAGAUCAGCAAAUCUGCACAGCCUUGAUUUUUCAGAAAAAGCUGCUUGUCAGUGGCAGUUUGACUCAGUGUUAUGGGACUGAGAUAUCUGUUUGGAACACCCUUCUUGUUUUUCUGUUCUUUUUUUACUUACACUGGGCUCCAGAAUUAUUGGCACCUCCGACAAGCAAUGCACCAAAAAUACUGACAGAAAUGUACAAAAAUUAACAAUAUGAUUACUGUGAUGCACUCUAAAUGCAGAACUUUAGAAAAAUACUGUACUUUAUUCAUGUUUCAAGGGAACCAACUAAAAUCAAACAUUUAUUGAAUAAAAAAUAGAUUUCACCAAAAUCAAGGUUCCAUAAUUAUUGGCACUCCUGGUUUUUAUUCAGUGCAUCCUCCUCUGGCAAGUAUAACAGCAUGAGUCUUUUCCUGUCAUGCUUGCCAGGGUUAAGGAACACAUUUGGUGGGAAUUUCGACAAUUCCUCUAUGCAUAUCCUCGCAAGAUCCUUCACAUUCUUUGAUUUGUGCUUAUUAACUGCCCUCUUCAGUUCCAGCCCACCGGCUUUCUAUUGGAUUGAGGUCUGGAGCCUGAGACAGAAGACAUAGAGGUUGUUGUCACAGAACCACUUCUGUGUGGAUUUUGAGGUAUGCUUUGGGUCAUUGCCUUGCUGGAAAGUCCACGUACAGCCAAGUCUCGGCCUUGUGGUAGAGGCAACCAGAUAGUCAGACAAAAUUGCCCGAUACUUGGUGGAGUCCAUUAUACCAUUGAUUUUAACCAGUGCCCCUGCAGGUCCUUUUAUGCAUCUCUGACUCAAUUCCAAACAUGCCGAUGCUAUAUCUGACCAAAACAUUCAGUUUUUUUUAGUCACAUAUAACAUGGGUAUAUUUGGUGUCGAAGCAGAGAUGCGAAUCAUACCCAUGGUGAAAUUUGGUGGUGGGUCAGUGAUGUUUUGGGGCAGUUUUAAUGAUCACAUUUUCAGCAUUUUGAGUUUCUCAGAAAUCUUAUUGUUUAUUCUUUUUUUGUAUUUUUAUGCAUUGCCAUUAAGGGGUGCCAAUAAUUCUGGAGCCCACUGUAUAUCUAACAGAGUAGCAGUUUUGUAACAUAUUUAAUGUAAUUAUUUAAAAAAUGUACAUUUUAUAUUAAAAUGUGAUGCUGUGUUUAAAAUAAAUUGUCCUUGCUUCCUUGUGA